CAUUGAAACAACGCUUCCAACUACCAAAUUUACUGCUCGCAAAUCGUCUUGCUCCAACUAACCGAUCUCCCGACGGUGUUUCAUUGUGAGAAUGUUUCUAUCACAUUAUGAAAAUACUUGCGUAACAUUAUGUUUGUGUGUGUGUUAUAAACUAAAGAAGCAAUCGCCUUCUAAUCAGUUCCACAAUUAUUAAUUGAUGAAGGCUAAAGGUUGAUAAAUGGCCUUACCGCUUGAAAAGCAGAAGAACUCACCAAUUCGAUGAUUCUUGAAUUUAUUCCAGCCAAAGAUCUUUUCUACGUGAGGAUGUCCUUUCGCUUCAAUUUGAGACCGACAAAAAGUAUUCGUUGACUCUUCAGCUUGUGUCACAGGUGGUCACGUGACCAGCACCCACCUGGUCAACGCUAAGGUAGAGGACAAAGAGCCUGGGAACGAGACUGCCUCACUAUGUUGCAUAAUGACUUCCUAAUGACGUCAUAAUAACAUCACUGACAUAUUUUUUAUGCAAUCUGGUCGCUCGUGGUCACUCUUGGACACCCAAGAUCACCCGUGGUCACUCGUUUGUACUUUUAGACCAACGGCCGCCCCUACCGGUCGCACACUUGCACGCCCGCUUGCGCUUGAAAAUAGCGCUUUCACGUUAAAAACAUCCCAAACCCUCUUCCUUAGUGUUUCAAUAGGAUAUGAACAGCAGUUAUUUAAAUUCUUGGGUGACAAAAACAGAGGAUUUAUUUUGUUAAACCUGGUUAAACAAAACAAAUUUGUUCCGUGACCGAUGGAAACUGAUCUAUUCUUUGUGGUUUCUGUGGUUGAAGAUCUUGCCUGUGAUUGGUUUUAACACAAUAAACAUUCCAGGCAUAUUUAGGUGUUCAAGGUUUUGUUAGCCUCCUAACGUAUAACGCCGACGCUGUUUGAGCUCGUCACGCAAGAUUGGGGGUAUUUUGUCUUACGCCGCCAUUUUUUCCUCGCGGUUUGUUUACCGUCUCGCUCGACGGACUAAGCGAAAGAGGGACUACUCGUAGUCUAGUUUGACUGUAAUUUUUUUUACUCAGAGAGCUUCGGUUGGUGCAACUACAAACCCUUGACCAAACUCUUGACCUUCAUGAUCAGACUGCAGGGAUUUUUCUCAGAACUUCUGGAAUAAAAGUCAAGAAUCAUCGCCGGAAUAGCUGAUAAACAAACAAUGGAAGGUGACUCAAUCUGGGGAUCUAAAGAUUUUCAAGUUCCGGAGUACUUCAACUUUGCUGACGUCCUAGAUGAGUGGGCAAGCAAAGAAAAGAAUGGUCAAAGAGAAGGCGACAUUCCCGCUUUGUGGUGGGUCGAUGGCGAAGGACUAGAGGUGAAGUGGAAUUUUCAAGAUCUUGCUUCAAACUCGAAGCGGGCUGCAAACGUUUUGUGCACCGCUGCCAACAUCAAGCCAGGAGACAGAGUGAUGAUUUUGGUGCACAGAAUUCCCGAGUACUGGUUGAUUCAACUAGCGUGUUUAAGAACAGGUGCAACAUUAGUUCCUGCCCCAGCAAAUAUUGGACCUUCAGAACUCCACACGAGAAUUUCAGCGUGUAAACCCGCGUGUUUUGUGGCUGGCGGUGGCGUCAUUGAAAAUGAUUUGCUGAAUGUCAUCGACAAGGUUACCAUCUAAAAACAGAGUGAAUUUUAUGAAACGUAAUGUGGAUAGAUUUAUUAUGAUUUUGCAAACGGAUCUGCAUUGCAAAAAAUAUUGCAUGUUUAUAGUGGUUGAUGCGCUCAACUACACAUGGCUAUUUUUCAGGCAUGCCACUUAAACUAAAAGAAAGAAAUAUUUCAAAUAAACAUAAUAGGUUUAGAAAUUGCUACUAGCGGCAGGCCAAGAACCCUGACCCUAUUUAAGACCAAAAUCGGCGAUUUUCCCAACCCUUUUUAUGAACUGUCCAAAAAUUCGAUACCUAAUUUAAGGGUCCAUUAACCGAUUUAUGCGC